ACGGCCACCGUCAACACAGGGCAAACCUUCCAGACCAUGGAUGGGUUCGGCUUCUCGCAGGCCUUCGGCCGCGCCAACGAUCUGAUCAAUCUCAAUGCGGACCAGCGCCAGUACGCCCUGGACCUCCUCUUCAGCCCCACCAAGGGAGCAGGCAUGACCAUCCUGCGCAACCGCAUCGGCUCUGGUAGCGGCGACAGCAUUCUGCCAACAUCCCCUGGCUCCCCGAACGCCACGCCGCAGUAUAAGGAUCUCGGCACGGACUCGAACCAGGUGUGGGUGACGCAACAGGCCGUCAAAUACGGGGUAAAGUCCAUCUAUGCCGAUGCGUGGAGUGCCCCGGGGUUCAUGAAGACCAACAACGACCAGGCGAACGGGGGCUAUCUGUGUGGUGUCACGGGAGCGAAUUGCGCGAGCGGUGACUGGAGACAGGCGUAUGCAAAUUACCUGGUCAAGUAUAUCCAGGACUAUGCGGCGUUGGGACUGCAAAUCACGCACGUGGGCUUCUUGAACGAGCCAGAUCUCAAGACAGCAUACUCCUCAAUGCUCUCGGACGGGAUCCAGGCCGCUGACUUUAUCAAGGUGCUGCAUCCCACCAUGCAAAAGGCAGGCCUGAGCCACGUGGGCAUCAACUGCUGCGACGCGAUGGGCUGGAAGGCACAGCAAACUCGCACCGCACAGCUCAUCUCGGCCGGCGUCGAGAAGCUUCUCUCGCGGAUCACCUCGCACUCGUACUCGUCUGAUCCGACCAGCCCCAUGGGCGCCUCUAUCCCCGUCUGGCAGACCGAGAACGCCGACCUCUCGGAUAAGGGCACGUGGGAGACGACCUGGUACUCCAACGGGGGCCAAGGCGAGGGUUUAACCUGGGCGCAGAAGAUCUACACGGCCAUCACGCAGGGCGGGGUGAGUGCAUACCUGUACUGGGAGGGCUUCGAGAAAGAUACCACCAACUCGUGCCUGGCGAUUACCGAUGGAACGAAUAUCAUCCCGUCCGGGCGAUUGUGGGCGUUUGCGCAGUGGAGUCGGUUUGUACGACCUGGCGCGGUGCGCGUGGCAGUCUCCGGGUCCACUUCGACGCUCAAGAUGACUGCAUUUAAGAAUAAGGAUGGCACUGUUGCGGUGCAGAUGAUUAGCUCUGCGUCUUCGGCGACACCGGUGACCGUCAAGGGGUUUUCGGCUCGCUCGGCCAAAGCAUACCUGACAGAUAACAGCCACAAUAACGUUAGCGGAACCACCGUGUCACUAAGUGGAGGAGCGGCUACUGUCAAUGUUCCUGGAUAUGCAAUGGUGACUGUGGUUCUA